AUGAAUAUAAAAUAUAUACUAAUAUUAAUAUUUACUACAUUCUUGUUUAGUAACUCGAGUGGAUUAAGAAUUAGAGGUUCAUUCGACACUCCAAAAGUAUGGAAAUAUUUAGGUAGAUUUGGUUUUAAUAAAGGAGGUUAUAUAGAGUUAAAUAGUUUUUGGAGUACAACAGAUUCAACAAAAAUAGUAUUAUAUUCAGAUAAGAAUCCAUAUAUUGAUGGAAUUUUAAAGGGUGAUUCAAAUGAUAAUUGUUAUACAAAGGUAAAUAAAGGUGACUAUAUAUUUACAUUAAAGUCACCCCAUAUGAUAUAUAACAUUUCUCAACAACGUCAAAGAUAUUGGUACUUUGCAAUUGCAGAUUGCGAUCCAAAUAUAAUUCAACCAUUUGAUCAUUUAGAUUGUGAAUAUGACCUAACACUCAAUAACCCUGGCAAAAAUAUAUUUGAGACCAAUAUAUCUUCUGAUCAAAAAUCCAUUCCUAUUACACAUAUUGUAUUUUUGGGCAUUUAUUUUAUACUUUGUGCUUUCAUUAUAGGGAUAAUUGCCAAACUAAAAUCAAAACAAUUGAAUUUCAAACAAAUGUUACUCCUAUUACUUACAAUGCUUUUUUAUAUAGUAAGCUUAAGUUUGUCUGUUGUAAAUUGGUUUUCUAUCCUACAUAACAAUGGAUAUGAAUUAAAAUUCGCCUCAAUAUUAUCAAAUGGAAAUGGAAUUUUCAUAUUACUCAUACUCCAAUUAGGUCAGGGAUGGGUUCUUGUGUCCAAUUAUCAUUUGAUACACCCAAUUAGAAGGAUUGUAAACUAUAUAGUAUGCAUAGUGGAGGUAUUUUUAAGUGUUUUCAUCUUUAUUUUUUAUAUCUAUAAAAAACCAGAAUAUGACAGUGACAUAUAUUUUUAUGAUACAAUACCAGGGUAUAUUUUACUAGGUGUUUAUAUUAUCAUAAUAUUUUACUUUAUUAUUGGUAACAUAUAUGCACAUGUCAGAUUAAGAACUAAUCUAGAUUCAAAUAACGCACAAUUAAAGAAAUUUAUUAUUAUAUUUACAAUUAUUUAUUCACUAUGGCUAAUAUCAAAUCCAGCAAUUGUUUUAGUAGCCCAUUUUAUGGAUCCAUGGAUUAAAUAUAAAAUUAUUGUUAUUCUCAAUCUAUCUAUAGUAACCAUUUUCAUUAUAAUAUUAAUGGUGAUGUUUUUACCAGUUAAAGGUAACUUGGCAAUUAAAUUACUAAAAAAUCAAAGAGAUAGUAUUUAUUUUAAUCAAAAUAGAAUGAAUAAUUUGUAUUAA